AUGGGCAAGGAGGAAAAGCUGGUUGUACUGGUGGCUGCCGGACAAGUUGUUCCCACCAAGGGGGCCAUCUUCAAGGCCAGAUGGCAACUCGCCAACUAUCUACAGCGGGUCAACACAGCUCUCUCCAUGAUUAAUCUGUCUCUCAAUCAGCCUCUACACUCGCUCACCAGGGACGCAGCCACGCCCAACGUCAUGUACAAGGCCAUUCUACAACACUUUGAUAGUCCUGAUGUCAACCGCGACCUACAUGACUUUGCUGAGCUCACCAACAUCAAGAUGAGUGACAUGGAGACAAUCAUUGGCUACAUCAACUGA